GUGACAGUUGACCCCUCACUCACCCCAAGCCGGUCGACGACGACCAUGUAUUCUUCCAGACCGUCUGUCUGAGUUGUCGUCCGUAGCCGGAUAGCGGGUAGAUGGACAGUCGCAACAUGGUUCUCCACGGGGGGGGGAUGGUCUAGAUAGGGAAUAUAUACCCCCAAUUGAUAACCCUCUCCUCAACCACAUGUUAUCACCCUCCAUUCUCUUUGCUCUCCUCCUUGCCGUCCAUUUCUUUCAACAACAUCAGCAUCAUGACCUCCACCCCCCCCAGCCCCCAAGGCCUGAAUCUAGGCUACUCCCACCCCCACCCCUUCUCCCUCAUUUCACUUUCCACCCGCUCCUCCGUCCAAGCGUUGCUGACCUCCCUCCUCGACCCCUUGCUGCCAUUUUUCUCACCGCUGAAAUCCCGUAUCAAGUGCCCGGGCGCCACCGCGGUGAGGUUUGAUCAGUCGGCCUCGGAAGUGGAGGGCAUAUGCCGCCCGCUGUGGGGGCUUGCGUGCUUGCUGGCGGGAGGGGGGGGGUAUCAUGCGGCAGAAUACUGGGUGGAGGGGAUAAGAAACGGGGUUGAUCCCGAUGGGGAGGAGUAUUGGGGGUAUCCGAGGGAUAAUGACCAGAGGAUGGUGGAGAUGUGCCCUUUGGGGUUUGCGCUUGCCGUGGUGCCAGGGAUAUGGGAGGGGUUGGGAGAUAAGGGGAGGAGGGAUCUGGAGAGUUGGUUGGGGAAUAGCAUCAAUGAGAAGAACAUGCCGGACACGAACUGGUUGUGGUUUAGGGUUUUUGCGAAUCUUGGGCUGAAGAAGAAUGGGGGAAAGUAUAGCCAGGAGAGGUUGGAUAGGGAUGUUGAGCAUCUGGAAACUUUUUACAGAGGGGAUGGAUGGAGUAAUGACGGGCCAGAGGGGAUUCAUCAAAUGGACUACUACUCCUCCUCCUUCGCCAUCCACUUCCUCCAACUCCUCUACGCCAAACUCGCCGGCCACGACGAGCCCGCCCGCGCGGCCGAGUUCAAGAAGCGGGCGCAAAUGGCCGCCCUCGACUUAGCUCACUAUUACGACACAGAAGGCCGGUCCAUCCCCUUUGGCAGGUCGGUAGGCUACCGCUUUGCCAUGGUCUCCUUCUGGGGAGCGAUUGCCUACGCCGAUGUUGAACUCCCGAAACCGCUGACGUGGGGGAUGGUGAAGGGGAUUGUGAUGAGACAUCUCCGGUGGUGGCAGACGCAGGCUGACAUGUGGAGCAGCAGCGGGACGUUGACGAUUGGGUAUAGUUAUCCGAAUAUGUACAUGGCUGAGAAUUACAACAGUCCUGGAUCGCCGUACUGGGCUUGUCUGGCGUUUAUCUGUCUCGCCGUCCCUGAGACGCACCCCUUUUGGACUUCGGAAGAACAAGACCACUGGGGUGUGCUGCCCCCGGUGAAGGCUCUGCCUCAGCCGGGCCACAUCAUGGUCAGCCUCGGAACCCACACCUUCCUCCUCUCCUCCGGUCAAGCCUGCUCCUACCCCAUGAAAGGCACCCACGCCAAAUACGGCGGCUUCGCCUACUCGUCCUCCUACGCCUACUCCGUCCCCCCCGGGCUCUUCACACUGGAGCAAUACGCCCUAGCCUCCCAACUCGGCCUUUCCGACGACGGGGGCGAGUACUGGAAAACCAGACGGCUGUCAGCCUCCCAGCUCAAAACAGCACCAGAUGGGACCCCGUUCCUCAUCUCAGAGUGGAAGCCUUUUGUGGAUGUCCACGUCAAGACCUAUCUCCUUCCGCCUGUUCCAGGAGCGACGGAGAACUACCAUUUCCGGGUUCAUCACAUCUGGGCCGAGGGAAGGGAGGUCAUGACGGCUGAUGGGAGUUUUGCCAUCUGCAAUGAGUCGACGCUGCGGGAGUCAAAGGGGCGGUAUUUGGAUUUGUGGGAUGAGUCCAAGGGGGAGGGGACGAGUCCAAAGCUGAUUGGGAAUUAUGAUCUUGCUACUCCUGAGGCGUGGGCAGACGGCCAAAAGGGGGCGUUUGCGGUUCAUAAGACCAAGGGUGCGGUUGGGAUUAGGGCUUUGGAGGGCGGGAGUAUAAGGAAGGCGAACUUGGUGAAUGCCGACCCCAACAGCAACCUGGUCGAGAGCAGGACUGCUAUCCCGACGUUGCAGGGGACGGUGAAGAAGGGGGAAAAGGUUUGGUAUGUCGGUGGGAUUUAUGCCCGCCCGGGCGGGAAGCCAGAGGAAUUUUUGAGCGGGUGGGACAAGAUUCCCGAGCUGCCGGGGUGGUUGAAGGAGGAGAUUGAAAAGUCAUCUUGAGGUCCGAGUUGGGUAAUGAAAUUAUGAUUUGAAAAGUAACAAGAACGCUAGGUGGUUGAAUGAACCAGAUUAUGCAAAUAUGCAAGAGAUACGUGUGAAUCCC